CAAUGUUAAUAGAAGGAUAAACGCUGAUCAGGCAAUAGGGCAGAACGCCCCCUGUUUUUGAAAGAAUUCCCUGGAGUCUUUUGGAUGGAACUGAGGUUUCAUAAAUCAACGUUUCAUUAUAGCAAGAUUACACCUCUGGAAUUUUAGCCUCAAUCUGAUUUAUAUGGUCAAACCAAGAUUUGUGCAUUUCAGAAGCUUUAUCAAAAAUGUUUUGUUUGAAUAAAUGUAGUGGAAGCGGAAACCCGACAGAAUGACCACUGAGUUUUUAGCGUGACGGUUCCUUCCUGUGUUAGGCAUUAACAAAAAUAACUUUAUAUAACCAGUUGUCGUCAAAUAGUGUCAAACUAGGGUCGACUCAUGAUAGCGUGCUACAUGGCAAAUUGCCAAAUGUGCUUUGGGCUGCGGCCAAGGGAGUGCCUUCCCUGCAGUUUUUGACGGUCUGGCCUAGAGGUCGGCUUUGGACUCCUCAACAACACUAAUACCGACUUAAUCUUUAGAAACAAGUGAGGCUGAACUUUCGCUGAAAAAAAGUCCGAGAAGGGCAUACUCAAAGUUACUGACAGCAGCACCCGGGUGAUGAAGUAAAGUUACUUUUGGAAAAUCCCCGCGGACUGAAACUUCCGUAACUCGUUUCUGAUUUUCACUUUGAGCGGCUAGUAUUAUAGUCAUACCGUGACCACCGCUGACGGAAGUAACCGACUGGUUAAAGACUGGCCGUUCUCACAAUCCAACCAGAUGGUUUUUUCUACGAUCAAACAUGAAAAGCGGUCAAAAUUAGAACUGUCGAUUAACCAUGGCGGACUCGGAACAACUGGAGGAAAACCUGAAAAAACUAAUUGUUCGUCUCCAAAAUGUCGAGCAAGGAAAAGAAAUCAGCACUUUGCUUCAGAUUUUAGACGACUUGAUUCUCCUUACUACUGUUCAAAAUGCUUCGAUUUUAUUCGGAAAUAAGAACGUCCACGUGCCGUUAUUGGUGGCUCUGGAAUCGUUCACCGAAAUUGCCAGUAUCCAACAGGCAGGUUGGUCUUUAUUAUGUAAACUGAUGGAACUCUGUCCAAACAUUAUUAACAAAUUGACGACACCUCAGGAUAUGGGAAAGGACUGGGAUGUCCUGGGAGUGCAUCAACAGAUCCUGAAAUUGUUGUUGUUUUACAAUUGUCAUCCCACCGUAUUUCUGCUCGGCCUUAAGGCAUUAAUACUCCUUGUUCAAUCAGAUGAAAUUUCAUUAUUGCUUCGAGAUGAUGAAACGGAUGUGUUUUCUUUGGUUCUUGAUGGAAUGAAGAAACUUGCUGACCAUUGUGGAAUUCAGAUGUAUGGGUGUCAAGUAUUGUGUGCACUUUUAGAAAAAGUUCCAGAUGAGCAGAUGGUCGAAUUUGUAGAAGAGAAGGAUCACUGGGUAAUUUUGGAAGCCAUAAAAAAAUUCAGCGAACAUGAAGAUACAGUACUGCAUGGUCUGAGAGCUCUGCUUCCUUUGGCCGGUCCACAAAACAAUGUAGAAAUUCUGAUGUCAGGAAAUGAAAAAUGUUACAGUCUAGUAACUGAUGCAAUGAAAAGAUUUCCUGACAAUGAGGCAAUUCAUGAAACUGGCUGCUGUUUACUUCAGAGGUUUACAUUUGAUAAUUUUUAUAAUAUUUUAUUACUGCAUGGAGCACCUGAGGCUGUUAUUAACGCAGUUCUGAAAUAUCCACAGAAUGGUACCCUGCAGGCUGCUGCUCUCAGCAGUCUGGCCCUUUUAACUGAAACGAUAUUUGUGAAUAAGGAUCUUGAAGAAAAAGAAGAUGAUCUGUGUUGGACAGAGGCUUCCUGUCGAGCUUUGCAAACAUUCAAAGGAAAUGCAAAGGUCCAGGAAGCAGCUUGUUGGGCACUAUACUAUCUACUUCUGUAUCAGAAUGAUCUUCAUACAAAGUUUGAAGAUGAAGAAGCAUGCUAUCCAGUUCACAGACUGGUGAUGACAGCGAUGUUAUUACAUUCCAAUUCAAAGGAAGUGUUUCUAGCAGCGGCAAAUGUUCUGGCAACUUUGGCCGACAAAAGUGUACAAAUCAGAAGGCUUCUCUUGGCAAAAGGGAUACAUAUCAACAUUCUAGACCUUAUGAAAAAACAUUCAGACUCUUAUGAUGUCCUGGAAAGUGCCUGCAAAUUCCUUAAUAAACUGUUUCUCGGAAGAGGAAUAAUUUAACCUCCAAUAGCAACAUUGCUGAAAUUCAAAACUUGAUAUAAGAUAUUAUAAAUACAAGCCUACUUUCUACCAUUCCAAGAUCCUGGG